AAGGGCAGCGUGCGUCUCCGUUCAGAAGAGAGCUGGGUUUGUAUUGCUGAGGGGGCUGGUCAGCACUACAGGCUGCAGAAGCAGAAUUGCACGAGUUCCUUUUGCAUUGAAAAUGUUGUGCAGGGUUAGUAAUCUUCGCAGGUAUGCUGCUUCACUGAGCCCAGCCCUGAACUGUGUGGCCUCAAGGCAGAAGCACACCCUCCCUGACCUGCCCUAUGACUAUGGGGCAUUGGAGCCCCAUAUCAGUGCAGAGAUCAUGCAGGUGCACCACAGCAAACAUCAUGCCACCUAUGUCAAUAACCUCAAUGUUGCGGAGGAGAAAUACCAAGAGGCGCUAGCUAAGGGUGAUGUUACAUCACAGAUUGCUUUACAGCCAGCUCUCAAAUUUAAUGGUGGUGGCCACAUCAAUCAUUCUAUUUUCUGGACUAACCUGUCUUCUAAUAGCAGAGGGGAACCACAAGGAGAACUCCUGGAAGCCAUCAAACGGGAUUUUGGUUCCUUUGAGAAGAUGAAGGAGAAAAUGUCAGCAGCUUGUGUUGCUGUCCAGGGCUCAGGCUGGGGCUGGCUGGGUUUCGAGAGAGAAAGUGGUCGAUUACGAGUAGCUGCCUGCGCUAACCAGGACCCUCUGCAAGCUACCACAGGUCUUAUUCCUCUGCUUGGGAUUGAUGUCUGGGAGCAUGCCUACUACCUGCAAUACAAGAAUGUUAGACCUGACUAUGUGAAGGCUAUCUGGAAUGUGGUCAACUGGGAGAAUGUGUCCGAAAGGCUCAGAGCAGCAAAUAAAUGACUGGAUUGUCAGGAUAGACCUAACAUGUCUUCAGAACCUUUACCCAGUGCUUUAUGAAGUGCUCAGUUCAGAUAUUGCAAUCACUUAGUUGGCUACGUUAAAGGCAAUGUUGGUUAAAUCAAAGCUCUUUUCCAGUGCACAUUCAGACUGGCGUGCUAUGUAUCAUCACAACAUAUAAGUUUAGUUUUGGUAAUAUCCAAUUAAAAUAAUUUAAAAAAUCUC